CGGCGGCCGAUUGUUGAAAUAGGCGAAAAACAUAGUGAUGCCCAAUGUAUAUAAGGGCCCCCCUUGUCCCCCAGAAGAACGCCAGCCCCAGCAGGAAACAUACCAAUCAUUAUGCCUUCUUUCAACACCGUCGCCAAGCUGUUGAUCACCACAAUCAUCCUGUCCUCUCAGGCAGUAUACGCUGCCGAUGACCGCAAUUGUCCCGACCAGUGGGAGGACCCUGCCAACGACAUAUGCAAUCCUCUGAGAUACAUUCCCAAUAAAGCUCUCAACUGUCUCGCCGCCGCUCUGUACUUCAUCGUCGCUGGCAUACUCACAUUUUGGGCCGUUCGAAGAAAAGCAAACUACUUUCUCUGCCUUCCAAUCUCUUGUUGGUUCGAGGGCGUUGGUUUCGUGCUUCGUGUAGUCUUUCGACAGGACGUGCACCAGCUCACGGUCUAUAUCGUCGCGAACCUUUUCGUCAUCCUUCCUCCUUGUGCUUUCUUGGCAGCCGACUAUAUUUUGCUCGGGCGACUGGUAGUAUACCUCAACGCUGGGCAUUGCAUCAGGCCAUUCAACGCUAAGCGGGUCUCUACUAUCUUCAUCAUCUCUGAUGUCAUAACCUUUUUGAUUCAGGCAUCUGGAGGAGGUCUCUCAGCUUCUGGCAGCGAGAGCAGCGCCGACCUUGGCAGCAAAUUAUUUCUUGUCGGUAUCGCGGCUCAACUGGUGUCGUUCUGCCUGUUCACCAUCCUCUAUGUCAUGUUUGGUAUCCGAGCUUACCGAGACAAGUCGAUCUGGGACACCCCGAACUGGAAACCUCUGUAUUUUGCCAUGGCCCCCACAUGCCUCUUCUUCAUCAUUCGAAGCGUCUUCCGUGCUGUCGAGCUCUCCCAGGGCUAUAUCGGAUACUUGGCCACACACGAAGGCUAUCUUCUCGCCUUGGACACUCUCCCGCUGCUUCUUGGUGUCGGAAUCUACUGUUGGUUCUGGCCAAGCCGGUACAUCCAAUUUGAGAGGAACCCUUUCAAGAAUCCAGGAUAUGUGGCGAGAGGGGAAUCAUCAGAAGGGGCUGAGCAUGCUUACUCGCUGAGGGCGUACGGAAGUGGGCAAGGGGAAGGGGAAAUUUACAAGCCUUACGGGCAUCAGAACAGCCAUUUUGCGGCUUCGCGCUGAUAAGAGCUAGUAGUUCAACGAUAUUUGUGACCAAGGUUUGCGAUAGACGGUGCCCGAUCGAUGCAUACUUCUUCAACUGUUCA